AUGGCCCUGCUAGAAGACUCGACCCUGAGUCUGCAGUUAUUUUCCCAUUCCACUAAGUCUCACGAUAUAUACAGCACCACCAUCAAGACCCCACCUCACGCCUAUGCCCAUUUGGAACUCAUCACCACCGCUACGCAGGAACUGGUAUUAGACGAGCUGAUGCUCCGCCAGUUCCUCACAUCCGCGCUGAGGCAGUUUCUAGGCCUUACUGGAAUGGGCAUACCCAUCGACAUCCUCAAAGUUGCUGGGCGAGAGUGUUGGGUGCGCAUGCCUCGACAAGAUUUGGGAGCCUUUUCUAGUGCCUUAACGGCGUGGACCGGAUCGGGACCAGUCUCUGGCAUCAGAAUCUGCGCAGCAGGAGACUGGCUGGGCGCGCUCGUGGGAAGACAUGACCAGCAGAAGAUAUGGGGGGGACCAUGA